UUCAUACAAAUAUUUACACAUGUUAAGUUUGCUGAAAAUAACCGCAGUUGACAGUGAGAGGAUGUUUCUUUUUUUUGCUGAGUUUAUAUAGGGUUUCACUCUGUGAUGUGUUAGAUUUGGCCGAAACGUAAGUUGUUCAUUUAGGCCAAAAAGUUAAGUAUUUUGCCAUGCUGUCUUGAGGUAUAACUCAAGGGCCAUGUUUCAAACAGGAGUGAUGAUUUGGAAUGGAUUUCUUUAGCACAGGCUUCCUUCUUUUCUCUCUGUCAAACAGGCCAGUAAUGUGGAAUGAAUGCAAGGCUGUUGAUCCAUGCAGUUUUCUCUCUGCUCAGCCAAUGAACUCUGUGGCUGUUUUAAAAUCAUCUUUGCCCUCAUAGUGAUAUCCCUUAGCAGUUUCCAUUCUCUCCUACAGCUCAGUUAGGAAGGAUGGCCAGAUCCUCACAGUGCCAAGGUGAUGUGAUACUCCACCUACAGAUUAUUUACCGUAUUUGACAAUACUUAAAGUGAUAUUCAGUGGCUUGGAAUUAUUUGGUAACCUCCCCUGAUAUGUGCCUAUCUAAAAAUGUAUCACUGACAUGUUUCUAAUUGGUUGCUCUGAGAUCGAAUUAUUGUUUGGAUAUCACUAUCUAACAGAGGGACCUUACAAAGACAAGGUCAUCUAUUCUUAAAUCAUGAGAACCACUACUUAUGCGAACAGGUGGACACCAUUCAAUAAAUGGUGUGAAAUUUGAUGAAAAUAUUUGCUCUUCACACAAAGACUUACGCGUUCACAAUAUAUUCGUUUUUUUAAUGUUUUAUUAAUUUUAGCAAAUGUCUAAAAAUGUUCUUACAGUUUGAAAAUGUGGAGUAGUUUAUGUAGAUCUGUAAGGAAAAUAAAAUGUAAGGCAGCAAUAUAUACUGUAUAUACCUCAACCAUCAAAUGAAUGGUAAAGAUUAGCACCGCAGAUCUGCAUUAUGCUUAUCUUCGCUAUUCAUUUUGGAUUGUGGCAUUGGAUUGUAGCUCCUUCUCCAAAACAGGAUGCCGGGGAUGUGGACUUAUCUGAAGAGAAGAUCGCUUUUGAGUCCAGAAAGCAUAGUUUGGGUGCCCAGAAAGCAGCUCCUCAAGGUUUCAUCAUGAAUAACAACAAGCGAGGAGAAGAGAGGGAGUUCUACAGUUUAGAUGUCGGAGAUUCCACCUUCACAGUUCUGAAAUGCUACCAGAAUCUAAGGCCCAUCGGCUCAGGAGCACAGGGAAUCGUCUGUUCAGCGUAUGACCACAACCUUGAGAGAAAUGUGGCUAUUAAGAAGUUGAGUCGGCCGUUCCAGAACCAGACGCAUGCCAAGAGAGCGUACAGAGAACUGGUGUUAAUGAAAUGUGUCAAUCACAAAAAUAUCAUUGGCCUAUUAAACGUAUUCAGCCCACAAAAAUCAUUAGAAGAAUUUGCAGAUGUAUACAUUGUGAUGGAGCUGAUGGAUGCCAACUUGUGCCAGGUGAUUCAGAUGGAGCUGGAUCAUGAGAGGUUGUCCUACUUGCUCUACCAGAUGCUGUGUGGCAUCAAACACCUCCAUGCUGCCGGCAUCAUACACAGGGAUCUAAAGCCCAGUAACAUUGUGGUGAAGUCAGACUGUACGUUGAAGAUCUUGGACUUUGGCUUGGCUCGGACGGCGGCUACAGGUCUGCUGAUGACCCCCUACGUAGUGACCAGAUACUACAGAGCACCAGAGGUCAUACUGGGGAUGGGCUACCAGGCCAACGUGGACAUAUGGUCUGUGGGGUGUAUUCUGGCAGAAAUGAUCCGCCACAAAAUCUUGUUCGCAGGAAGGGACUACAUUGACCAGUGGAACAAGGUGAUAGAGCAGCUUGGGACUCCGCCCCAGGAGUUCUUGAUGAAGCUCAACCAAUCAGUGAGGACAUACGUAGAGAACAGGCCGCGUUACGCAGGAUACAGCUUUGACAAACUCUUCCCUGACGUCCUCUUCCCUGCAGACUCAGAGCACAACAAACUGAAAGCGAGCCAGGCCAGAGACCUGCUGUCUAGGAUGUUGGUGAUCGACUCGUCUAAGAGGAUCUCUGUGGACGAGGCCCUGAAACACCCCUAUAUCAAUGUGUGGUACGACCCAGCAGAAGUGGAGGCGCCCCCUCCGAAGAUCACAGACAAGCAGCUGGAUGAGCGAGAGCAUACGGUGGAGGAGUGGAAAGACCUGAUCUGGAAGGAGGUGUAUGAGUGGGAUGAGUGGACCAAGCAUUAUGGUGUGAUCAGAGGACAACCUCCUCUUUUAGGCAUGCAAGCUUCACUUGGGAGAAUACUAAUAACAUUUCAACUCACCAUUAUUGGAUACCUGAUGCUAGCUGGCUAAAGAAACAAGAGGCUUAUUUUUUUGCUUACAGUAACUAUUUGACCAUAGGCUAUUUACUCGCCUGUUCAAAUAUCUCAUGUAAAUCCUGGUUAGUCAAUGUGCUAAAAUGGCAAUUACUCAAUGACUCGUGUGUCACAUUCAUGUUUUUGGAAAUUGCAUAUCAUGUCUAUGUAGGCUAGCCUGCCACUGUAACUACAAUGGUUACUGUCAGAAUAUUCACGUCAAGUCCAUCGAAUCAGCUCGUGUUGUGGGUGUGUUUUAAAAAAAAUAAAAAAUUUACACAGAUGCUUCAGGGAGUCAGAGAUGCGCGACAGAUGUGCUGACUUUAUUGAUUACCCAUCCCAUGUGCUAAGGGAUAAAAAUAUAUAUUUAUUUAUGCCAUGGCCCGCCGGGCCGGUAGCGAGCCAGGGAAAAAACACACAACUGUCCCCUGUGCCCAAUAAAAAACCAUGCAACCCCCCCAGAAAGUAAAAAAAAUUGACAGGUAACAGUAACUAACGCACUUUUGUACAUCGUGCUAUUCUGUACAAUUUACCUUAUUUUAGUGCCCCAAAAACGUAAUACUUCCAGGUCAACUGUAAUGUGAAUACCAUUGUAAAGCUCAAUUUCUCCCCUUUCUAACAAAAUGAAUGACGAGACCUUCAUGUUACCCGUCUCUGCAUGAUUGAAGAAGGCAAUGAGCUCUGUCGGGUCUUUUUAAAAAUGCCGGGUGGGGAAGGGAAUCCUACUGCGUGAUAGUGAAAGGGGGAGAUAUAUUGUGUGGGGAAAUGGCUUUUUUCACCCGAUCUGUCCAACUUAUCACAUCUAAAAUGUGAAUAAAACACUAAAGUGUUUAUAUAAUGUGUGAUUACAUACCUAUUUGAAGGUUUGUGUCGAAUUUGAAUUGGGUUUUUAGGGCGGCGCUAAAGUUAUCUUCAGAAGUAAACAGCGCCUGUCACGGCUUUUGAGAGUCAUGGUAGCUUGCAGUAAUGAGACAAAAAAUGUAUGCAUUCAGUUGUACAAUCACGAUGUAACGUACCGCAUCAGAAGGGUCCAUAUUUUGAUAUUUUCUCGAAUACUAUUAGACCAUUACCAUGUCAAUCAACGGUGAAUCAAAACUUAUUUCACAGCCCGGAUUUUGAUGCCAACACAGAACGCUACAGUCCCAUUAGUUUUCAUUGCAGCCUCGUUUGAAUGCUGCAGUUGCAAAAAAAUUGUACGGAAUGGGGUUAGUCACCGUUACAUUUACUGAAGUAUGGUGUGCUUGCUAGUCUAGAAGUAUUUAUGGUUGAGAAAGAGUAGUAUUAGUGGUAGCAACGGUGGUAGUAGUAGUAAUGGUAGUAAUAGGGAUUUCAUAUUGGCUAUGGGUUAGUUAUAUUGACCUAUUUUGGGGUCGUUUGUAGGUGUGGCGUAAUUAUAGUGGGUUAUACUGGGCUAGUAUAGUAGGUCAGUACUAUAUCAUCAUAAGCCAUAUGCAUUUUUAAGCACACAAAAUGUUUUAGUUUGAACGUUCUGAAAGAUUUGAGGCACUGUUUAGAAUGUUUAAGCCUGCAAUCCGCCAUUUGUACCUUUAUUUAACUAGGCAAGUCAGUUAAGAACAAAUUCUUAUUUACAAUAACGGCCUACCCCGGCCAAACCCUAUCCUGGACGAUGCUGGGCAAAUUGUGUGCCACUCUAUGGAACUCCCAAUCACGGCCAGUUGUGAUACAGCCUGGAAUCGAAUCAGGGUGUCUGUAGUGACGCCUCUAGCACUGAGAUGCAGAGCCUUAGACCGCUGCACCACUCGGGAGCCAAAUGAAUGGGGAUACCACAAGCUUUAUAGUUUAUGAAGUAAGAAUGAUAGCAAAAAGCUGUGUUGAAGACAUUUAAGUUGAGUCCAUAUGCACAUGCCAAUGUUGGGGUGGUGUUUGUAGCUGAAACUGACCAAGAGCAGUGGUGAAUCAAAACUUUCUUUAUGUAGCCCUUCACCGUCGUACCCAUAUACGGGUUGAAAAUGGCAGAUUUGGACACUGAUAAGCACUUAAAUUGGAACGGAGUGACUGUACAGUAACAUGCUAUACAUGAUGUCAGAGCUCAAUGUCUCUCCUUCACAGCUCUGUAUGGGUUUUGACUGACAGACGUUCUGAACUUGAGCACUGCACGCGACAAGAAGUUACUCCCAUUCCCCCAGAAAUUUAGCAAAUGUUCUGUUGUCUGAGUGAGGCAAAUGCUGUAAAUUAAGAGGACUCAUAGUAUUUUGAAAGAUGACAAAAAAUACUGCUUUGAUGUCAUACAAGCAGCCAAACACCCUUGAGUCCAAAUGUGCACUUCACAUUUCCAUAUCAUAAAACUCAUGUCAUAUACAGUGUCAAUGUUUAUGAUCACUAUGUUUAAUGUACAGUUACAAGAUUACAUUGUGUCAUACCCUGGGUUGUCCUGAACAGAGUGAGCCUAGGUUUGUUGUAUUGUGAAGAAAAUUUGCCACGGAACACGCAUCUGAAUGCGCUCAUGACUCCAUUCUAUGCGCACCAAUAUUACGAUCUGCUUUUCUGAAUUGCCUUGUGAAAGCCUAACACUGUAAGAUCAUAUUUGAUCAUUUAGCUAGUAAUAUUGGCAAUAUAACAAGCUUUCAAAUGAUGACGACCUGACCCAGAUUUAGAUUUAUAAUGGAUUGUUUUUGGAUUGCGUAAACAACAACAAUAAUUGUGUGAUGGCGCAGAUGCAGGGCUGUGUUCCAAACAGAACAGCUACAAGUGUGCUUGCUCUAGUUCCUCAACGGCACAGACUCUUCUUUGAGUCAUAAAAGUGCAUUGAAGUUACUUUUGAAGUAACUACAAGUCACACUUUGAAGACACCAGUUAGACCUCUCACUCAAACCCUUCUAAUUUUUUUGUCUUAUGUUGGACCUACUCCACAUGUUCGAAAAAUAUGUUUAUCAUGUUACUGAAUUCAUCCAGAGUAUUUUCAGAUUUCGUUAUCAUCAAAUGUGGUGAAGGUACAGUAAAUACCUAAUCCACAUAAAAUCAACAGUGUAAAGUUUGGAUUCAGUCUGUGUCAGGUGUACUGUUGUGUACUUACCUUUGGUCUAAUAAUUUUCCCAUAAUCUCCAAACUGUUCCCAUUGUAACCAUGGUUUAUUUCAAUUUAUCCCUAUCCAUAUAGCUCAAUUACCACGAGUGUAAAAGGUUAAGCUUUUAUGCAAAUUUUAAACCGUUAUAGUUCAAAGAGUACAAAUAGCAUCAACAAUUUUUUGACAAUCAAUCGAAGUUGAGUCCAUCUGUACAUUUCAAUGUUGGUCUAGUUCAAAAAGUAUAAAUGAUAUCAAAAAGUUGUAUACAAGCACAUUAUUCCAGACUGGUCUGCACAAUUUAGUUUGAAUGGCAUUUCAAGCUUAAACAGUUGAAGACUCGUAGCGACCAGAAAUUUUCCCAUUCAAAACUAAUGCAUAGGUAUUUAUGAAAAUAUGGUGUAGUGUGAAAAGUAUAAGUAGUAUAUAUAAAAACAAAAUCGUUGCACCCCUCACAGACUCAGAGGUGUUCAUACAAAUCAUUAAAUCAUUAAAAUCCAGACAGAAAAUAUUUACACAAAAAGCAACCUAAUAUCACACACAACAUUAAUAAUUCAGUCUAAUCUACAAUGCAUUUUUAGACUUAAUGUAGGGAUGUAAUUUUAGGCGAAAAUUGAAAAAAAGGGUCCGAUCCUUAUUAUUAAGAGAAUAUCAGUUAAAAAUCCAUUCUAACAUUCUAGCCUCAGUUUAUUAGUCCUUUAGUCCUUAUUUAACUCAGUAACACUUUUCGAAUAUUGAGGUCAUAUGAAAACAUUGUCCAACCUAAUGUCCAGGGACAGAAAGUCACACUAGAAAAAAGAAAGGCACGAGAAAAGAAAAGAAAGGCACCCUAUGGUGUGUGUGCGUUAUUAUGUGUGUAUCUCGCAGGACUGUGUGUGUUUGUUUGUUUGUUUGCGCAUGUGCAUGCUAGUUCCUAGUACAGGUGUAUCAGUCAUCCUGUGUGUUUUUCGCAGCACAGGUGCAGCAGUGAUUGACAGCUCCCCUCAGCACCCCUCGUCCUCCUACUCGGCCAAUGACGUAUCCUCCAUGUCGACUGACCCCAGUGACCCUAGUGAACCCACCAUGACCUCUGACACGGACAGCAGCCUGGACAGCCACACCUCUCUGGGAGCACUGGCCUGCUGCAGAUAACACACACACACUCCUGUCACGGUAUAUAGUUUAAAACACUUAAAGGGGCAAUCUGCGAUUGCUACAUAUAUAUUUCUUUGCCUUUUCAUUGAAUGAUAUAUACCAAUUGAUUCUUGAAGAAUAUAAUAUAUAAAUGCUUUUACUCCAUUGUUUGUAAACAAACACUGUAUAGCCUCAAAACAUGAUUACAUUGUGUUUACUCCAUUGUUUGUAAACAAUGUCAUUGUAAACAAACACUGUGUAUAGCCUCAAAACAUGGUUAAAAUUAUACUUUUGAUACUGUAUCAUGGAUGGUCAGUCCUUGCAUCCAUAGCUUUGUCUAUGAAUUUCAAAGCGAUUUCAUUUCUCUAGCCGCAACCCUAAGCUGCUUACAAAAAACAGUGGUAGGGUGACUGCUUUAUUGUUGUUUGAAGUGCAGAUUGCCCCUUUAAGGGUCUGUAGUAAAAAAAAAACGUUUUAAUAUAUUUUUUAAAUGUACAGCUUCUUUUAUUUGCCAUGUCCCCUAUAUCAGGCAUUGCCGAUUGUGUACAUGCUGUAAAUUACUAUAUUUAUUUAUUUUCUUGUGUCAGCUUCUGUCCCCCCAAGCUGUGUAUAUCUAUGCUGUAAAUGAUAGUGGUUCAAAUCUCACAGUAGAUGGAACUUUUUCCCCUUUUCCCUAUUAGAAAGUGUUUUCUUACAAACACAUAUUUAUUUUCUAUUAUAAACAGGGUGGUUCGAGCACUGAAUGCUGAUUGGCUGGCAGCUUUGGUAUAUGAGACCGUAUACCACGGUCUCAUAUAAAUCAAAGCAUUAAAUCACCAGGCCCAAAUACCUUUGUCACUUAGCCAUCUUUGUUGCUUUAUUUCUUCAACCAGUGGCCCAUCCCACUUGGCUCUAACCCUUCAAUGUUUGCAGAUCUUUAGGUUUUGGAUAGGUAUAAACACCUGUACAGGUCUGCAAACAUCAAAGGGUUGGGGCCAAGGGGAAGGGACGAAGGCUGCUUAUGUUUUAUUGGCGGGGCCAGGAGUCUUUCCCCAGGUCACAGGACCAGGAAAAACUCACAGCCCCAUUGAUUUGAUUUGAUUUAAGUGCUCUUACAGUUCAGGAAUUCUUGAAAGUCGGGACAAUCCUUGACCGGCAGAUAAACUUUAUUUUGAUUGUUUAUUUUGUUGCAUUAUUUGAUCCUAAAAAUUAAAUUUAGGGGAAUUUUAUAAGGGGAAAGAUUUGCUUUUUGAAUUUUCUAAAUAUUUUCAAAAUUACAAAUUUCCAUGUUUUUUUACAUUUUACAUUUUAGUCAUUUAGCAGACGCUCUUAUCCAGAGCGACUUACAGUAGUGAAUGCAUACAUUUCAUACAACUCAUACAUUUUUUUUAUUUUUAUUUUUUAUUUUUUUCUGUGCUGGCCCCCCGUGGGAAUCGAACCCACAACCCUGGUGUUGCAAACACCAUGCUCUACCAACUGAGCUACAGGGAAGGCUCUAUGCCUGGAAAUCACCUUGUCCGGAGCCAAGGAGGGCAAUUUCAAACUCUCCAAAAAUUCUUAAAACGCCAAUAAUGAAUAUUAACUGAAAAGGGAUCUUAGGUAGUUUCUUGCAUUAGACCUCUGACUUAAAAGAAUAUUUCUCUCAAAACUGUGAUUCCUAAAAAAAUUGUCACGAGAUUUGAUGAACUCCGUCUGAUUUGUCUACAAUCAUAAAUUAAUCAAGAAUGAUCCGGGUCAGCUACACCUCAUGGACCUUUUCUUAAUGUCCUCAUUACAUAUAGUGCAACAAAACCACUCAUGGUCUGCAAAGUUGAUCUAAUUUUGAUAGAUUUAAAGAAACAAUAUUGAAAUCAAAGUCCGUCAGAUUUUUGUCUAACGUCAACUCCGUCAGAGUGCUGAAAUAUAUGAUAGAAUGGUUAUAUUUUUAUUGGGAAUUUUCAAAUAAAUGAUUUUCUAUAUUUUA